AUGAACACAACACCAUAUCGACCCUCCUUCUUCCCACAACGGCACCACGCUACCGUGCCUUCAAAAGCGAGCAGCCACCGUUGCCUUUCCUGGAUAUCUUCUUUGGAGCAAACGAUUGCUCACAACUCCUGCCUUACUACGAUGCCUUCCAAGCCAUUCUCGAUACCCAUUUCCUUCGCUAAGGGCCCUAGAGGGUUGUUACAGGCUCGCAAUUUGAUCGAGGUCAAUCUCCACGAUGUCGACCGCAAGCUUCCCGAACGGGACGUCAUGCCAGCAUCCUCCGUCUACCCAACCCCCCUCUGUACAUACCCCCUCAACAUCGUUGCCGCUAUUGUACCACAGAUCACCCCACACCACACCUUUGGCUCCGCAAACUCCAUGGGAUCACCAUUUACGCAAUGUCUCCCCUCCUACAAGCUUACAACAGGGGACUAUGCUGGCACGACCUUCGCAACUUCGGAUGAUAUAAGCAAGAGCAAGAAUACAUCUAAUUCCGAUGAACUUGACGUCAAGAUGAUGGAUGCUGCCACUUCAUUUAUAGGAGAGGAGCAGCUAGAGUCCACCACCCAUUUUCAUGGUCCCAAGGCAGCUUACUAUGAAGCCCAAAUCACUAUCGAGGCGUACUAUGGCACGCUCCCAAAAGGCGACAACGGAACCACCCAUGCAGUCUCCGCUACCAUAAGCCUCUUCGAAACAACCAUACGUUUUGGUGAGCCCUCAUGGUGUGGGUUGAAUUGUAAGAAGUUCUAUAUUGAUAAGGCUUCUUUCAAGUGCGAAGAGUGUGGAACAGAGGUCAUGAAACUGUUAGAGAACAAACUUUCUGAACAGAACAAGGAGAAGCUAUCCAGCGCGCGCACGAUCAAAAACACUGCCUUCGUAGCAACCUACAUGACUGAGUUCAUACCCAAAUAUACCACAUUCGCUAGUAUCACAGAGACUGCCAUGUCCUUCAUAGGCACUAGCUAUGGUAGGCCAAAAGGGUGCUCAGCAAGCUGUCUAAAGGGUAACCAGAUAAAGACGAAACAGUUUGCUGAGCGCGAAUCGACGCAUCGUAAUGAGGGUCUGAUUAAGGGUCUGAAAUAUAGUGCUGAGCUAGAGGAAUUGAACAAGCUGCUAGAGAGGAAGAAGAUACUCGAGAAGCCUCCUUCCUUGGUUAAGAUGCAGUGGGCAAGUCUUCUCGUGAAAGUGGAGGAUGAGAAGGAGGAUGAGUCUUCGGUGUUUCAGAAGACGAGGGGUUUUGAGAGAUUCGUGAAUCUGAUCUGGCUAAGUCCUAUUUUCUAUGCUUGCGGAUAUAUUAGGGAAGUCCUUGCUGACACGUUCCUGAAUUUGAAUACUCAGAAACCUACUAAAUGCCAGUUAGAUUUUGAUAAUAUCCAGGCAGCAAACUUGAAGUGUUACAUCCCUGUGUUAGGAACACCAUUACUGGGAAUUCGCGCAUCAGCCUGCUCAAACACUCGGUCCUCUGCUCAUCAACUUAUCCUUCCAUUGAUCUCUCCAAAAGCAGAACCCAAAACUAAAAAUCCACCCCGCGGUGUUAAACCCUUUGGAACAAUACGUCUAAUGAAUAGACGGGGACUUGGAGUUAAGAUCGACUUCUGGCCCAAUGGAUUUCCACUCUUACAUCGCCAGCUCCCUCUCGGGGGGUUUAAGGCAAUAGUGCUGGUUGGUGGUUCACUUAAUAUGCUUCUUGGUGGCAUUACUACCCCAAUUGUUGCGGAAACGGUUAAUGGUAUUGUCAACCUUCUUCAUAACCGCAUUAACCUAGAUACCCAAUAUCUGAUCACUUGUCCUAUUGCCUUUAGAAUCUUGAUUGGUGACCUCAAGUACUCCAUAGGAGGGAAACCGGACGCAGAUUUCGGCUGA